AUGUUGUUCAUGAAUAUAAUAUUUGCUAUUGCUUUUAUCAAAUCAUCAAUAGUUAAAAAAUAUUUGAUAAUUUUUUCCAAGUUAAUUAUUGAUGGAUUCAUGGCAUUUUCUGAACAACUGAACGGGAUUGGCAAAAUAAUAGUUCUUUUAAAUGGAGCGAUGGAACGGAGAUCUAGACGAGAAUGUUUAUUCAUGCCUUGGAACUUGAUUUAUCUAUGGUCAGAACCACUUUCUGCAAUAAUACUUAUGAUUAUCAGUAUCGAUCGAUUAAUUGCAUUAUCAUUUCCCCUACAGUACCACAAGUAUGGAUGCCAAUUACAAGCUGGCCAGAUAAUUUUAUGGGUGAUACUGGUUGCUCCAUUGAUUGUGUUCGCUUUUUAUCGAUCUUUCUUUGACAACGGUGUACUUCACACUCCGUUAUGCUGAUGCAGCGUUAAUCCAGAAUUCCGUAGCGCCUUUAAUAUAAUCCGCAUCGUCACGAGUGUUGGUGGUGUUAUAGUUUUUCUCAUUACUUGGGAAUUAUUUCGGCAAAAAAUUUUGAAUCAGAAUAUGACCGUUAAAGCUUACAUAAGACGACAACGCCGUUUAACCAUAACAAUGGGUAUUUGGAAUGUUUUUACGUUGGUUUUGUAUGUGAUGCCUGUUGCAGUACAAUUUGCUAGCGAUCUGUUAAGAAUAGAGCUGUCUCAUAAUUUUUUAAAUGUUAUUAUGGUGAUCUGUUUUAAUCUUAAUCCCUUCCCACAUCUUAUCCUUUUAAUAUGGCGGCAGUCUGAUAUAAAUUUUGCAGUUGCCAAAUUAUUGCCUUGUAUUAAAAAAUUUCGGCAUGUUUCAGCUAUUGACACAUUCAAAGUUAAAUCGAUUAAGUCGAGAAAUGCUUAG